CAGUGCAGAAGGUAACUCUUAGCUCUCUGCGUAAAGCUCCUGGACACCAGAAGGGCACCGCUCAGUUUCCGCUUCUGCUUCUCCGCUCUCUCAAGAUCAGAACUGAUUUAAAAAAAUUAAAAAAAAAAAAAAAUCAAACCUCGAGGCUUUAAUUAAACGACCGGAAAACAGCAAGUGAUCCUAGGUGUUGUUUUAAAUCAUUCUUUCACUGUUAGGCUAUGUAUUUUGGCUCCCAGUAGUGCGUUUAUUUUUUACCUACCAGCUUGAACUAAUGCCUCGCACCAGAGACGACGCGCAGAGACUGUUCUUUCUUUAAAGAGUAAGCAAUGAGUAAAGCAAAUAAAGGAUACAGUGGGAGCUAACUGUGGAUGAUCUUGGAUUUAACAGCCGCUUCCCGUGAAAACAAAGAUUCAGAAACUUAUGGCGUGAAGAUUAUUCUCCACCUUACCUUUGAUGGAUAAACCGACCAUUCUCGUGCUAGACUAACGCCGGUCAGCACACAACGGUGAACUACGGAGACAGAUAUUCUUACUUCUCAUACUCUGUAUUUCUCUGGGCCCAUUCUUGGCCUUUGUCACUCACAGCUAAUGGAUGUCUUUACCCAGUAUGCCUACAAUGAUAGUUUCUAUGAUAAUGGAACAUGGAGCUUCAACGACACAGACCAAGAGCAGAAGCACCCCUACAACUACUACGCCAUGCUGCUUACUCUCCUCAUCUUCGUCAUCGUCUUCGGCAACGUGCUGGUGUGUAUGGCUGUGUCCAGGGAAAAGGCUCUGCAGACCACCACAAACUACCUGAUCGUCAGCCUGGCUGUCGCUGACCUUCUGGUGGCCACACUUGUUAUGCCCUGGGUCGUCUACUUAGAGGUGGUGGGAGAGUGGCGCUUUAGCAAGAUCCACUGUGACAUCUUUGUCACUCUGGAUGUGAUGAUGUGUACAGCCAGCAUCCUCAAUCUCUGUGCCAUCAGCAUUGAUCGCUACACUGCAGUUGCAAUGCCAAUGCUGUACAAUACCCGCUACAGUUCCAGGAGACGGGUCACGGUGAUGAUCUCUGUGGUUUGGGUACUGUCUUUCGCCAUAUCCUGUCCCCUGUUGUUUGGCCUAAAUAACACAGCUACUCGUGAUGAGUCUCUCUGUGUGAUCGCCAAUCCAGCCUUUGUGGUGUACUCUUCCAUUGUGUCCUUUUAUGUACCCUUCAUCAUCACUCUGCUCGUUUAUGUCCAAAUUUAUGUGGUCCUGAGGAAGCGCAGAAAACGCGUCAACACAAAACCAAAGCUGCGUGUCUCUCAGGCUGCUGACCCUGAUGUGGCCACCUCACUAAAGGAUAAGUGCACUCAUCCAGAGGAUGUGAGGCUGUGCACCAUGAUUGUUAAAACUAAUGGGAGUUUUCCUGUCAACAAGAAGAAAGUGAUAUUUAUCAAAGAUGUGGUGAAUGAGGGAGAAGAUCUGGAGCUGGAUGAGCUGAAUAACAGUGGAAGCAGUGUGAAGCAGAAACAGCAGAUACAAUGUGCUCUUGGAGACACUCCAGCCACGAGCCAUCAGCUAUUGAUGCCCAACAAGGCCAGCGCUAGCCCCAUCUCGACACCCCCUACGCCCCACAAGGAGGGCCAGAAAGCAGAAAAGAACGGUGAUCCUGCCAGUGAGACCUUGGGCAAUCCGGCACCCAUCGUAGCCAAAGCCUUCCAGACACAGGCCUUACCUAAUGGCAAGACUCAGACUUCUGUGAAAACCAUGAGCAAGAGAAAGAUCUCCCAGCAAAAGGAAAAGAAGGCUACCCAGAUGUUAGCCAUCGUCCUUGGUGUAUUCAUUAUAUGCUGGCUGCCGUUUUUCAUCACACAUAUCUUGAACACCCACUGCACCAAAUGCAAGGUUCCUGCCGAGAUGUAUAACGCUUUCACCUGGCUGGGCUAUGUGAAUAGUGCUGUAAAUCCCAUCAUAUACACCACCUUUAAUGUUGAGUUCAGAAAGGCAUUCAUUAAGAUCUUGCACUGCUGAGCUGCAACAUCACUUAUCUGAUCAGACUGAAGGAGAAGUGAUGAAUGAAAGCAUAUCCUGUGGCAAAUACCUCAUCCUCUUAAGGAAAAUACACCACAUGGGGAAACUGCGAUCUGCUCAUUUAAAGUUACGGAGUUAAGUGACUGAAAAAAAAGAAAAGAAAAAAAGAACUGGCUUUGUCUUCUUGAAAGGCGUCUUGGAUCUAUAUGUUAAAUUUCGUGUGGAGUCCCGUUCUCCAAAUCACUGAAUGUAAAACAAGAAAUGUCUGUAACGAUGACCCGUUUUAUGGAGAGAGAAAAAAAAUGACAUUGUUCUCUGACAUCAUUGUGCUUGUCAUGUAAGGAGCCAUCUGUGUAUACCACACACAUGCAAACUGCUAUUUAUUGUAUGUGUACUUUAUGUUCUAAUCAUAGAUGUUUUCUGCAAAUCUUAAAGAUAUCGAGUCAGUGUUCAUUGCAGUGUUAAAAUUGAAAACAAUUCACUGAUUAGAUUCACUGAUUGUCUGAAAGACACGGUAUAAUUUACUUGCUGUAUGAUGCGGCCAUGCCAAUAUCUGCAUUUUAGCAAUUUUAUAAAUAAAUAUCUAUUAUAAUUA